UGGAACAAGUCCGCUGCUAAGGUCUUUGCACGAGACUUCAUACACCAUGAUUAUAUUUGCAAGGACUACGAGCUUGUCCAGGACAAAUUUUUGACUCACAUAAAGGGUCUGAAGUCGCGUUUAGCACUGGAAACUAAGCAGGAGUCAGCAAGAGAAAGCAAAAGGAAAGCAGUGAGCAAGAGGGAACAAAAGCGGGGGGUAAGCGCCAAACCCAACUUGGGACCACUUUUUGAAAUUCACCUCAACACUGUGGCACAGGUUGGAGAGUUGCACCCUCAUUUGGAUAUACUCUCCUAUCUCGGAGUUGAUGGAAUGAGCAGCGAUGAAUUGGCACAUGAAGAUGGCAGGCCACAAUUCCGUGUCCUACGGAAACCAUGGAGGAAUGUUGCCUUGACACGGUGGCUCCACAUUAUAGAUGCAAUGUAUUGCCACAACAAAUACAGUCCUGCAAGCAGAUCUGUUCGGGGUAAUCCUUUCUGUGUGCAGUUUGAAUCGACCAGAGUCGGUGGAGGCCGCGCUGUCCCCCGCUUACCUAAGAACACAUAUGACCCGAGGUGGUUAGAAGGAUUGGAUUCAAAGGACAAGGAGAUACUGGGUGCUGUUGAAGACGAGUAUGACUUCUCUCACACACCAUGA